AUGAAUUGCAUGUUGAAAUUGCCGCUUAGCGCGCUCUUGCUUUUGUCAUGCGCCCUCAACGCCUCGGCGCAUGGCGGGAAUGAGCAUACGCAAGUAGAAGUCCCACCGGACGCCGACUGGGCGACGCGACACAUGGCUGAGGAGCACCACAUCUCCGGCUAUGACGCAACUACCUUCUUCAACCUACACGACUACGACAGCACCGGCCUCUGGACCGCAGUUGACAUCCGCCGAACCUACGGCCUCGAAGACCCCUCCAGCGCCUCCAUCUCCGAGACAAAGAAGCAAAUGGUCGUCCAGACUAUCCUAGACAUGUUCGAUAUCAACAAAGACGGCUCCAUCACCUUGGCCGAAUUCGUACAAAAGGAUUCAGAGAACGUCAAGCUUCCAGACUUUGGCAUGGGCCCAGGACACCACGGUGACGACGAGUACGAGUACGAGAUUCAUCAUUGGGAAAAGUACCACAGUGGUGACGACGUCAAAGAGGAGGACUUGAACCACCCCGAGGAUAUCGCGCAUUUCAAGAUGCAUGAAGAGAAGGAGGCAGCACAAGAGGAGUGGGAGAGGCUGGAGCUCAGGGGCGUCGUGGAGAAGAACAUUCCACUAAAGUACAGGCGGAACUAA